GACCUCUAAUUCGGUAUCAUCGUCGUCCGUUCCUGGUCUGUGUUUUACGAUAACCCCUACAUCAUUGACACGUUUAGGACACGUUUCCCGUCCAGAGUGUCCAAGUGUAAAAUUCGAAUUACUUUGUGACUCCGCUACGAAAACCAGUAGUACAGAGUCCUCGAACCAUCCGAGAUAUGAUACGAACGACGACGAAUCUACGUAAUGAAUUGGCACGAGCAAUACUAGGAAGUUCCGUGCGCACGAAUACUGUAAGAUCCGUGGUGAUACGAUGUCUUCACAGAAAAUAUUUGCAAAGAAUUCAGGUUCACAAUACCUUAAGAUUUACGGUGACUCCAUGGAAGCAGCACUUGAGGUUUUAUGCAGAUUUUCCAGAACAUAUCAAAAUACAGCUUCCUGCAUUGUCUCCUACUAUGGAGACUGGCACCAUUAUCAGUUGGCACAAAAAGGAAGGUGAAAAACUGAAUGAAGGUGAUUUGCUUGCUGAAAUUGAAACUGAUAAAGCGACAAUGGGGUUUGAAACACCAGAAGAAGGCUUCUUGGCUAAGAUUUUGGUACCUGCUGGAACAAAAAAUGUUCCCAUUGGCAAACUAGUUUGUAUAAUUGUCCCAAAUGAGGGUAGCGUUGCUGCCUUCAAAGAGUUUAAAGAUGAUACUCCAGCUGCUGCUGCUCCUCCUCCACCACCACCACCAGCUGCACCAACACCGUCGACUCCUCCACCAUCUCCAGUAACUCCGCCCGCACCUGCAGCGCCUGCUGCUCCAAAACCACUGCCAACUCCAUCAGGAGAUAGAAUAUUUAUUAGUCCUUUGGCUAAAAGACUUGCUGCUGAAAAAGGUCUCAGUUUGCAGGGUUUAAAAGGUACAGGAUUGUUUGGAUCAAUAACAGUCAAAGACUUAGAAGGUGCCCCAGCAGCUGUGGCAGGUGCUCCACUUGGAGUACCGGGGGCAGUUCCGGUAGGAAUGGAAGGAAUGGACAUUCCUGUGUCCAAUAUUCGCGCAGUAAUCGCAAAACGUUUGCUAGAAAGCAAGCAGACUAUUCCACAUUAUUAUCUAACUAUCGACGUGAACAUGGAUGCCGUCCUGGAAAUGCGGCAGCAAUUUAAUAAAAUGUUGGAGAAAGAAAAAGUGAAACUUAGUGUAAACGAUAUCAUUGUUAAAGGGAUGGCUAUGGCUUGUAAAAAGGUGCCUGAGGGUAAUAGUGCUUGGUUGGGAGAAGUUAUUAGACAAUACAAUAAUGUUGAUGUAAGUGUAGCAGUAAGUACAGAAAAUGGUCUAAUCACGCCAAUAGUAUUUGGUGCGGACUCAAAGGGUAUAGUUCAAAUUAGUAAAGAUAUAAAAGUUUUGGCCGCGAAAGCGCGGGAUGGAAAAUUGCAACCACAGGAAUUUCAAGGUGGAACGAUCACUCUAUCAAAUCUAGGAAUGUUCGGCAUUAAGAACUUCUCUGCCAUCAUCAACCCUCCACAAUCGAUCAUUCUUGCCGUGGGUACGACAGAGGCGAGACUAAUACCUGCCAAGAAUGAGAAAGGAUAUAUUGUUUCUCAAUUUAUGUCUGUCACUGCCAGUUGCGACCAUCGUACUGUGGACGGCGCAGUAGGCGCUCAAUGGUUAACUGCUUUUAAAGCCUUCAUGGAGAACCCAACGUCAAUGCUAUUGUAGUAAAUUCAUCCAUUGGUGUCAAUGGGGUAGUUUUGAACAUGUGCAAAUUAAACUGAAAAAGAAAAAAGAUUGUUUUGUUCAGGUACGAAAGGUGACACUGCGUCUGUCCUGUAUAUCUGUGUACAGUGAAAUGUCAAAGUAUAUUAAUUUUACGCAUUUCGUGGAUCUUUCAUAGAUUCAAAUUACCACGGGCACUUUUUAUUUCUUUUUAUGCAAAAAGGAAAUCGUCAUUACGGUACAAUUUUAGUGUCAUGUAUGUGACACUAAAACGUUAUUAGGCCGAAUUUUUACCUAUCCUGUUGCAGAAAUUUUAUACAUGUGGUUUUUCAUUGAGUGUAAAGUAAAGAACACGUUCACUUCCUCUCUCUCUCUCUCUCCCCCUCUUUCUUUUCCUGACAAUUGAUGGGAAUUAUCUAAAAAAAAGAAGGAAUGAUUUCCUUCAAUCGAAAAUCUUACUUUAUUAUUCAUAUGAAAAAUCACAAUUUUUCCAGUAGCAAUAGUCAUGGCCAAAUGUAAAUAUGUGUAUUUAUGAAGUAAUAAAAUGGCCAUUAUAUAUUGCAACGAAUUUACUUUUUACUUAGGAAAAAUUAUUUGAGAGAUAAAUACGUCGAAAAUGUUUAUAGUAAAUAAUAUACAUAAAUGUACAUGAUAUUUAAUAAAUUGUAUCUUACAAAUCCAUCAUCUGGAUCUUUGUUGCACGUGAUACUUAAAGAAAUGAAGUAUUACGUAAUUGUUAUUUGUGAGAAUAUAUGUAUGAAGUGCCA